CUGCUAAUCGAGACCGCUGUCCAAUGGGCAUCCAGAGAUGCUGCCUCGUCAUGGUUGCUGGGCAGACGGGCUUACUCCCAUCUGUGGCAAACCAAUGAGGAGGAGCGGGGCCCUCUCUUUUUGACCAAUGGGGAGCGGGAGUUUUGGGAACAAAGCCUGUGGGCGUGGCCUUGGCGGCCGGGCGGCCAAUGAGGGAGGCCCCGACGCUGUUUUGCCGCGAAAUAGCCGCGUGUGCACGCGGCCGCCGUAGGAGCCGCCCCGCGGGGAGGGCGCUUCCCCGGACGGGAUGGCGGCGGCGCGGCUUCUGCCGCUCGGGAGGCUCCUGGCGCUCGGCCCGCGCCUGGGCCGCGGCGCGCCGCGCCUGCUCUGCAGCCGCGUCUCCACCCGCGAUUCCCAGGCCAAUGCCGCCAAGAAGCCGAAGGCGGCAGAAGCCGAGCCGGGCCAGGCCUCGCCGCGCGCCUCGCCGCUGAGCCCGGAGCAGCUGGAGCGGAUCCGCAGGAACAAGGAGGCGGCUCUGCGGCGCCUGGCCGAGCGGAACGUGCCCCCCGGCUUCGGGGAGAGCUGGAGGCGGCAGCUGGACGGGGAGUUCUCCAAGCCCUACUUCAUGGAGCUGAUGGCGUUUGUAGCAGAAGAGAGGAAGCGGUACACGGUCUAUCCGCCCCCGGACCAGGUCUUCACCUGGACUCAGAUGUGCGACAUCAGAGAUGUGAAGGUUGUCAUUUUGGGGCAAGAUCCAUAUCAUGGACCUAAUCAAGCUCAUGGGCUCUGUUUCAGUGUCCAGAAACCUGUUCCACCACCCCCCAGUUUAGAAAAUAUUUACAAAGAACUGUCUACUGAUAUUGAAGACUUCACACAUCCUGGUCAUGGAGAUCUAACUGGCUGGGCCAAGCAAGGAGUGCUCCUCCUCAAUGCUGUCCUGACAGUGCGAGCUCACCAAGCCACCUCCCACAAGGAGAAAGGCUGGGAACAAUUCACGGAUGUGGUGGUGUCUUGGCUAAACAAGAACUUGCAUGGAGUUGUCUUCAUGUUGUGGGGAGCGUAUGCACAGAAGAAAGGCAGUUCUAUUGACAGGAAACGGCACCAUGUUCUGCAGACAGUUCACCCUUCACCUCUGUCUGUGCAAAGAGGGUUUUUCGGCUGUCGGCAUUUCUCUAAAACAAACGAAUUGCUGAAGAAAUCUGGCAAGAAGCCCAUUGACUGGAGAGCGCUCUAAGCUGCAAGCAUAAGCUUGAGGGUUUAAUAAUCAGAAAUAGCCCCUGUUUCAAGGAUUGUCUUAUUUCUGAAAAACGUUUGCUGACCUGAGAAUCAUUCUUUGGAUGUUGAUCAAGUCGAUGAACAAAUGACUUAAAUUUCAGAGACAUUCUAUUUUUUUUUACUGUAUAUAUACACAAAUAUACCAGAUGUUUUUAAGAGCAAACUGGAAUGAUAUAUGGACUACCCUGUUACUUCUUCUUGAACAGAUCUCAGCAUAGUGUGAAGCCAAGAAAGGAAAAAAUCCAUAUUAAUUUGUGCUCAUUGUUGUAAUGGGAAUAUAUGCGAGUGUUCUUGUGAAUAUAUGUGAAUUUACAUAGGUUAAGCUAUUCAAUUUCUGUAAAUACCCUAAUUUGCCUCCUCCCACUGUUUUGCUUCAUGAUGUGCAAAUCUGGAUUUUUUAUUUGGUGGUGAUGGGGAACCAGAGGUGUUCUCAGAUUUGUACAGGAGGGAAAGCAGAUUUUUUUUUUUUGUUUUAGCUUUUUUGCUACAGAUGCAAGAUUUGAUUAGAAAUAUACUGGCUUCCUGUGGUUUUAGAGACUGUACAGUGUAAGAAAGUUUAAUUGAGUGUAUUUUUGCACUCUCUCAAAAGGUCAGGGUUAAUCCCCGCAGCAGAUGAGGGGGAAAUAGUGACCAACACUUUGGGAACAAAGAGCUCAGAACAUAACCAAAGGAAACAUGUCACUUACAGAGGAAACCCAAGAGUAUUAAACUGCUUGGUGGGUAUCUUAAUCGCCUGGAUGACAGGAGAGCUGCGAUGACCGUUAACUCUGAGGUGAUCCUGUAUGUAGUGCUAGGGAAUCUGGAUCACUGGGUAUUCUGCAGAACCAGAACGUAUAAGACAUGAAACUGGUUUCAUGCAAAUAAGCUCUUCUGUGCUGAUGGGUUUUCCUGCAACUCUUGCUCUGUUUGAUACCUGCUGAUUUCAAGGGAGAAGUUUUGUUCAAGAUCUGCUGAUUAAUGGGCUGAAUAUUUCAUUUUACUUUAUGAUCUUGUGAAUUACACUGCAUCUUCACUUCCAUAUUGUAUCGGUGAAGAAAAGGAUCUACUUAAAUACAGAGGUGGCUUUGUGCUUUCCUUUCAUAGGAGCAAAAUGAGGCUUCUAGCUGUUGUUGAAAAUGACUAUUGCUUCUAGCCACUGUUGAAAAUAACUAUUGCUACUUCUAGAAUGAAAAUAAGGUCUGACUUCUAACUUUGGAUUUCCAGUACACCUUUGAAUUGAUAUUUCCUUUCAAUGAAAGCAAAGUGGCUUGUUCUUUCUGAAGCUGCAUAACUUUUUAGGGUAGAGUCAUACAUCCAAAUACCCAUGUAAGCCAUGUUUUGUGUUUGUUCCAGUAGGUAACACUAGUACAAGUGAAGUUCCACACUUUCUUUGCAUGUGUUGAAGUCUUUUUUUUCCCCCCAAACAGAUUGUUUUUUAAAUAAAAAUUACUUUGUUUA